CAUCCCAACACUUGUUGAGACAAAGAGUGGACACAAAUGGACAACAAAUACAAUAUUUUGCACACAUUUGAGCAAAAACUGAAGGAAAGCAUCGAAAACAGCAAAACACAAGACAGUGUCAUCAAUGGUCUGAGGAAUGCGUUAAACGAAUCGCUGAACGAAAGACAACGGUUGGAGGCGUUGGCGGAGAAGGAGUCGGAAAAGUGUCACCAUUUGAAC